UGACCAAAUCCUAAACCCCCGCCGCCCCUCUUCGCCGGCUCCUCCGCUCGCUGCUCCUCGGUCCACCGCCGCCGCUUCUCGUUCUCCAUCGGGACGUCGACUGGUCUCUUAUUGAGGGCAAGAUUGAGAUUACUUGGCUCCUAAUCGAGGCUUGGGUGCAAUCAUUUGUGUGUUCCUCCAACUGAGCGGCCAUGCGUCACCCAAGGUCCGGGCCGGGGAAGAAGCGAGGCCGCGGGCCGCGGAUCCCCGCGACGACGCUUCGGAAGCAGAAGGCGGCGUUGGCGAACGUCGACCAGAUCACUGGCGCCAAGAUCCCCAAGAGUUUCGUCUUCUCCCGGGGCAAGCUCCCAUCCACGCUCCGCCACCUCCAGCAGGACCUCCGCAAGGUCAUGCUCCCCUACACCGCUCUCAAUCUAAAGGAGAAGAAGCGGAAUAACCUCAAGGACUUCAUCAAUGUUGCUGGUCCGUUGGGUGUCACACAUUUCUUGAUCCUCUCGAACCCUAAGAGCCUGCCGCACUUGCGCUUUGCCAAAUCGCCACAGGGCCCAACCUUCACUUUUCAGAUAGAGGAGUAUGCGCUUGCGGCGGACAUUGCAAACUCCCAGAAGCGGCCGAGGUGCCCACCGGGGAUAUUCAAGAACUCGCCUCUGGUUGUGCUCAGCGGGUUUUCAGGUCUUGGCAACCCUUUUGAGAGUUUGGUCGAGUACUUUCAGCAUAUGGUCCCUGCCGUUGACCCAAGCACUGUCCAGCUGGCAGCAUGUCAAAGGAUUCUAUUGUUAAAAUAUGAUAAGGAUAAGGAGGUUAUCGAUUUCCGGCAUUACUCCAUCAAGCUUCAGCCUGUUGGGGUCAGUCGCAAGAUUAGAAAGCUUGUGCAGAACAAUCAAGUUCCUGAUCUAAGAGACUUUAAAGAUGUUAGCGAUUACGUUACAAAAAGAGCUGGAUAUGGAUCAGAAAGUGAAGCAGAUGAUGAAGCAGCAACGGUAAGCCUACCAAGUGAUGUUGACAAAUUAAACCAGGCAUCAAGGAAAAGCGCUGUCAGACUCCAGGAGAUCGGACCAAGGAUGACUAUGCGCCUAGUUAAAGUUGAGGCUGGGCUAUGUUCAGGAGAUGUCUUAUACCCUUGGCCUGUGGCAAAGGGAGCAGUGGGGAAGAAAGGGAAAGUAACUGAGGAAGAGAUAGAAGGACAAGAAGAAACCGAGGAUGGGUCAGAGGACGAGAUGGAGGAAUAGCAGUUUAGAUGAGCUCAUCAAAGUGCUUUCAUUUUAACAAUGUGAAGCCCCUGCUCUCUUUUAUAACAACACUAAGCAGAGCUUGGUUCUUUCUCACCUCCUGUCUUAUGGUUUGCAAAGCAUUUGUCACGUGUACUGUUUUCUGGUAGGCUCUAUAUUCUGUAUUGUUUGAU